AUGAAAUACAUGGCCGAAAAAGAAGAAAUUUUGAAGAAAGCAUUUGGAAAGGAAUUCCUUGAUAAUUGUGAUUGUGAAUUUUGUAAAGAAAGAAGGAAUUUUGAAAAAAGAAAAGAAGACCCUAAAAAUAAAAAGGCAGAAAUGUAUGGGAAAAUAUUUAACCAAAUAGAACAAAAACAAACAGGAUACUAUCAGUGGACAAGAAAAGAUAUUAUAGAAAAUAUACAAUAUCACAAAACUACCAAUACCCAUAAAAAGGGAUGUAAGACAUGUCACACAUUAAAAGAAAGAUUAGAUGAAAUACGAAAAUUGGAAAAUAAUAGAUAUCUUCAGGAUUAUUAA